CAAUUGAAUACAAAACAGAUCAAUUAUAUGCUUAGAAUAGGAAUACUUUUGAUAUUCACAAUCUAUAUGUCCUGUUUGUCUGGGAUUUAAAUUACCUGUUAUUUUUCAUUCUGCGAAGGCUUAAUCAGGAACGCAUUGCUAUAACUUCCUGUUUCACUUACAUUAUUUGGCUGUUUAUCAACAAUUGGGAAUGCAUGCCAUGCCAAAAGCACAUGCUCAUUAGGACGUUGAUACAUUUUUAAUAGUAUUUCUCCUUAAUCCUCGGCUGCUUUGUACUCUUCCCCGGGUAGCAGUGACUGGGAAAUGUACCGCAGCUCCCCGUUGUAUAUGCGGGUUCGAGCUCAAUAUAGGCAAUGGUUUGCGACAUCCCGGUUAUAGUCUGACGUCCUGCAGAGGGCUUGUGGAUAUUCACGUCUUUGGAUAUCCCCCCAAACCCCUCCCUCCUCUCUGUCUCUCUCUUGGUCUCCCUCUCCUCGCCUCUCUCUACGCUGUGUGUUCCGUGGGUGCUCAGCCAUCCUCAAACGCGCUCGCCUUUUCUGUGGGAGAAUCAGAGGAGCCCGAUGGCCCCCCGCGCCGGAGAGACUGCGCUAACCAGACGCUCCAGCGUGCAUCCGCGUCCCAGCCUCCCCGGCGCAGAGCGUUCGUAGCACAGGCAGGAAACUGCGAAGCUUUAUUCGGAGCGCAAUUUAGCUUUUCGUUUUUGCUUUCUCGUCGGCUCAACAAGAGGGGAAAGGGGAUGAUGAUGUACUCGACAUGGUUGAUUUCUCUUUUGUUCAUCUAUGGAUUGAUGGAUGUCAUUCACACCAGAAAUGGGGACUCCCGGAAUGGAAACGCCUUGUCGAGCGCGAAGAGCCUCCGAGACACCAGCCGAUUCGCGGGGAAGGAGGACACGGUGCCGAUGCGCCUGGUCUACAGCCGGCUGAAUCACAGCCAGAUCAGCCACGACCAGCUCACCACCCGGAUCAGGGCCACCGGCCCCAGCCCCGCGCAGGUGAACCACGUGGCCCAGGCCAGCUUCCAGGUGGACGCCUUCGGGAGGACGUUUAUCCUGGAUGUGGAACUCAACCAUGAUCUCCUGUCUUCAAAGUACGUGGAGAGGCAUUUGUCGGAAAAUGGAAAAGCAGUCAUCACCAAGGGCGGGGAGCAUUGCUACUACCAGGGGAAGGUCCGCAACGUUCCAGACUCCUUCGUGGCCCUCUCUACCUGCCAUGGACUCCAUGGUAUGUUCUUUGAUGGGAAUCACACCUACAUGAUUGAGCCCGGAGGACAGAGCAGCACCAGUGGAGAUGUACAAAUCCACUUGAUCUACAAAUCUGCUGGACAGGAGGGACUGGUUGAUCUCCUCAAUGGUGAUCUUCCAGAGCCCCCCUUUCCCAGUCCUCCGUUUCCAGGGUCCAGGACUGGACAAAGAAGAAGGAAGAGACAGGCCCCUCGUGAGCAGCGCAGUGUGGAAGAGGAGACCAAAUACAUUGAGUUGAUGGUGAUUAAUGACCAUCUCAUGUAUAAGAAGCAUCGUCUUUCUGUUGGCCAGACAAAUAACUAUGCAAAGUCAGUGGUCAACAUGGCUGACAUGCUCUUCAAGGAACAGCUUAACACACGCAUAGUACUGGUUGCCAUGGAAACAUGGGCCGCUGACAACCGGUUCAACAUCGACGACGACCCCAUGGUGACCCUCAAGGAGUUCAUGAAGUACCGCCGAGACUUCAUCAAAGAGAAGUGUGACUCGGUGCACCUUUUCUCUGGGAACCGUUUCCAUAGCAGCUGGGGCGGAGCUUCAUAUAUGGGCGGAGUUUGCUCCCUUACUAAAGGAGGCGGAGUCAAUGAGUAUGGGAAAACAGACGAGAUGUCUAUCACCCUCGCCCAGUCUCUGGGACAGAACAUUGGAAUCUUCUCGGACAAGAAGAGGAUUCUGAACGGCGAGUGUAAAUGUGAAGACCGCUGGUCAGGCUGCAUCAUGGAUGAUGUUGGCUUCUACCUCCCGAAGAAGUUCUCUGAGUGCAACGUGGAGGAGUUCCACAACUUCCUUAACAGUGGGGGAGGAGCCUGUCUCUUCAACAAGCCCCUGAAGCUCCUGGACCCUCCAGAAUGCGGUAAUGGCUUUGUGGAACCAGGGGAGGAGUGUGACUGUGGAAGCCCAGUGGAGUGUGCCAAGGAAGGGGAGAACUGUUGCAACAGGUGCACCCUGACUCAGGGCUCCAAGUGCAGUAAUGGGCUGUGCUGCAGCAGCUGCCAGAUGGAGUUCAUGGGUGUGGUAUGCAGAGAGGCAGUGAACAACUGUGACAUCCCAGAGAAUUGCACGGGUAACUCCAGCCAGUGUCCGCCCAAUGUCCACAAGAUGGAUGGUUACACCUGUGAAAAAGACCAGGGUCGAUGCUUCAACGGACGCUGCAAAACCAAAGACAGGCAGUGCAAGUACAUCUGGGGAGAGAAGGCCAUGGCCGCCGACAAGUUCUGCUACGAGAAGCUCAACAUUGAAGGCACAGAGAAGGGCAACUGUGGGAAGGACAAGGACACCUGGAUCCAGUGUAACAAACAAGACGUGCAUUGUGGGUAUCUGCUGUGCUCCAACAUCUCCCCAUCCCCGCGGCUGGGAGAGCUGCACGGGGGUCUGACGUCCUUCUCCGUGGCCCAGCACAGCGCAUCUCUGGACUGCAGCGGGGGCCACGUGGUGAUCGAUGGAGACACUGACCUCGGCUAUGUGGAGGACGGGACGGCUUGCGGCACGGACAGCAUCUGCUUCAACCACAAGUGUCUCCCCCUCCAGCAGUUCAAUUUCAGCACCUGCCCCGGCACCACGGACAAGAUCAUCUGCUCGGGACAUGGGGUGUGCAGCAGUGAGCUGAAGUGUGUGUGUCACCUGGGAUGGACCGGGGAGGACUGUAACUCAUCCUCUCCUCUCAGCUACCUGGUCGUGAGACCAACUGCCACUACAUCAGGUAUCACCACUACCAACAUCAUCAUAUGGGCCUUUGCAGGUUCUAUUCUCUUCCUCGGCCUAAUCCUGGCUAUAACGGCCUGGCGCUACAAGAGCUACAGGCAGAAAAGAUAUGUUGAAUCUGAAGUUCACCGAAGAUUUUGCCGGCAAAUGCCGGCCGGGGACUACGUCAAGAAGCCCGGAGACCCCGACUCGUACAGCGAUGGGCCCCCGGGGGUCAGCACCAACUCUGGCUGCAGCUCCAAGAAGAGGUCCGCCUGUCUGUCUCACCUGCAGAUUUGCACUCCGUCCUUCACCCACUCCAUCCGCUCCAUCCCCCAGAGCAUCACGCCUUUUGUGUUCAGAUCUAACGGUUUGUCCCACUCCUGGAGCGAGAGGAUUCCCGACGCCAAGCACAUCUCUGACAUCUGCGAGAACGGGCGGCCGAGGAGCAACUCCUGGCAGGGUAAUCUGAGUGGUCAACGCAAGAAGAUGAAAGGAAAGAAGUUCCGUGCCCGCUCCAACUCCACAGAGUAUUUGACCCCCCCCUCCAAAAAAGAGCAUUAUGAUGUCACUAAAUGGGUAGAAGAUGUGAAUAGAAACACUCAAGGACCCUUCCUUAGGACUCUGUCUCCUGCCAAGUCUCCCACUUCCUCCACAGGGUCCAUCGCGUCCAGCCGCAGGUACCCCUACCCCAUGCCACCGCUCCCCGACGACAAGAGGAAAGCCAACAGGCAGAGUGCCAGGCUGUGGGAGACCUCAAUAUAACAGCCGGCGUUGCCCUCUCUGAUCUGCAGAAGUCGGUGAGAACUACCUUGUUCUGCCUACCUUCUUUUGUUUUUCUAUGGAUCAAGACUUCCUGACUGGACAAUGAGAGUGUGAGCGCGCCCCAGCGGAACAGAAGGAUAAUCCCAGGUUCAUGUGUAUUACUUUCUGCAAGGACCUGUUUAGUCUGACUUGCUAAACAGCAGCAGGCAGCAAUUGUCCAUACAUUGGACGUCUUUGAGAUGAGAGAACCUCGGCUCCACUUCUGACCCGCUGGAGGUCAGGUCAGACUGAGCUGCUCUUGAGGGCUCAGGCCUUCAGGACCGGACAUACCCCCACCAUCCAGCCCGUCUCCUCCUUGCCCCUUACCCCCAACACGCUUCUGUGGCCCUGGCGCUUACUGACAACCCCAGCAGUUCUCCGGUGAUAUCCACACUUAACUCUACACUUCUAUUGGCUUUCCUCUCAAAAAGGAGGCGGAACCAGGAAACAGGUCAACCUAUCUCCGAUCCAAAUGGAGACAUUUCAAAAGCACGCAAACCGCUGUAGACAAAUCCAACAAUGUAUGCAUGAGAUAACUUUGUUUAUAGACAACCUCCGUCUAUUGUCGAAGAAAGGACAAGAGCGCUGGUACGACCUGGAUGGAAAGCAUGCAGAGGAGCAGGGAUUUUAUACCUAGCCGUUGACGUUUCCUCUUCAAUGUGUAGGCUGCCACUUCUCCUUCAUCUAUCACCAACUCUCAAUGUAUCAAUAAUCAUCAUAGCUACCUUGUCUCGAGAAGACAGACCCCAACUUGCUCACAUCCCGCUGCCACACCUUGCGGGGUCCGCUCAGUGAAUAAUUGGUGUAAAUAUGUACAGUUAAAUACAUACCAUGAUAAUGUUGUUUUCUUUUUUUAUUAAGGAUAAGGGGAUGCGGAUGUGCGUCCUCUCCCUAUUGCUCAUACUGUGUUGUGUCAUAAAGCGGGAAGGUUGGUGGGGUUCCUGGGGGUUUUCCCCAGGCUAUCAUACCCUCCUUAUGUCUGUGUGUUUGUUUUUUAACCCUGCAGAACCUCAUUCCUCCUCCAAUGUACCCCCCCCUCCGCCCCAAGCUUUCUCCAUCCACAGCAGAAUGUAACAGUGUCUCAUCUCAGUCUAUUACAUCCUUCUCGGGGAGAUAUGCUUAUACGUGACACAGAUGUGCUCAGCCCUCAUUGAUCAAAUAGCUGCGAGGGGCAUGUCCUAGCACAUGAACAGUGUUAUGGCGAAGCUUGUAAAGCUUUCUUUCUUUAAUUUGUUAAACUAAGUAAAACCGUUUAAAUGUGGUCUUUCUGUGGGCGAUAAAGGGCGAAAGAUGUGUUUUUGGUAGAAGUUGUAGAUGUGAACGUCCCAUUUUAGUCUUAUUCACUUGGUGAUGGACAAUUUUGCUCAGAAAUCUCACUUGGUUCAUGUAAAGAUGUGUUUCGUUUUCCUCCUGUUUCUACUUCUGGAUGGCAAGCUUGGCCGUUAUUAAGCCUAUACAACGUAGCAUUGGGAUCAGGGGAGGCCGCUUAGCUAAGUCAAAUUAUGGCAAUUGUAAUGAAAUAACAUGGAAUAUUGACAUCUAAAAAUUUGCAUUUUGGAUUUUAUCUGCGAUGGCUUUGAUUGACCUAUGUAAAUGAUGAAAUAUGCUGUAUAGUGCUUGCUGUUUAAGCUUUUAUGACGACCAACAGAAUGACUGGGCAAUGAGCACAUCAUGUCCGUCCUCUCCUAGGCUAACUGCAAGACUAUUUGGGCUAAAAAAAAGCAUGUCAAUGAAAAUUUUUACUUUAUUAAAGUUGUCUUACCGUUUUUUAUACCACUGCACUGACGGUAAUUUACGACUAUUAAUAUAGUCUGCUCAAUAAUUCAGUCAGUCUGAAAUGGUUUAUGCUCGAUAGAACAUCCAGCCAUUGGUUUGGCCAAGACUAAAAACUCUGAAGAUAUUAGAGGUAAUAUCGUUUAUUUUGUUUGUUUAGAUGGGCAAACCAAGAUCCAUCACCAACCUGUCUUGUUCAGCUCCACGGCAUCGCCUUUCAUGUGCAUAAAUUGCCUUAAUGCUUCUUGUGCGUUCGUUCUGAUAUUUGUCUUUGUUUGAAGUUGCCCCUGUUCAUUUUAAUUUGUCAGCACUCUGACUGUAUAGCUAAUGUCCCCACAAUAUUGGAUUGAUAUUGUAACUGGGUGACAGAUACCAUCUUUUUUCUUAAUUACCUUUAUAAUAUUCUCUUCUUUCUCAGUAUUAUGAACUGCAAUUAAUCUAACAUUAAUUAAAUGAAUUGCAAUAUUGCGCGUUCUUUGCAUUGGCUAGUUUGGGUGGGAUUUGGUGAUUUGGGUCUUUAAGCACUAGUUGUGGAGUUGUCCCGUGGCUUUACUCUGGCUCGUGUCCAUCUGUAAGGUUCCACAGUAGGUGGAUGAAGGGAAGCAAUAGAAGCAUUGAGUAUAACAACCAUAACUGAACCGACAGGCUCCUGUAUUGUCUUUCUUUUGCUACAAGAGCUUUCUUUUCAUUAUUGAAGUGUGUGACGAGUAAGAGGAACACUGCAGCAAUAUAUUCAACGUAGUGUGGCAACAACAAACAAUGACCCUUUUCUCUGUCGUUGGCCAACAGAUAUUGUGGCCAAACCAUUUUCAAAAUUGCCAUGGUUUCAUGUCUUUGAACUGUAGUGGUAGAGAAUAGAGACAACCUUGCUACAUCCACUCACUAAUAAGACUGUCCUGCCUGGAGGUAUCCAACAGGACAACUGUGAUUUCCUUCUCCCCUACGGAGACACAGCAGACAGCCAGGCAGACGUUCGGCAUUCAUCAGUACACUUGAGCUCACCAACUGCCAAGCUGAACUUCCAUCCAACGCGUUCAGAGCUGAUCCUCAUCCACAUUUACUAGAUGUAAUAGUUUCAGAUCUAGCUGCACACCUGGUAUGGUUUUAGUUUGGUUUGUUUAAAUGUUGUUUUUGCGUUCUGCUGUACAUAAAUUGACAAUGCAAAUGCCCAUAUUUUUUUUCUCUUAAUUAUUCAGUAUUGUAAUAUAUUUAAUAUAAAAUAAAACUUUAAACAACA